AUGACGGCUUCCAACGUCGACUUGGAGCCGGAGUCGGAGGAGGAAGAGGUCCCUGAAGGAAAGGAUGGAGAGGCCGUGGAGCCGCCCGAGCCCGCGGAACCGGGAGAACAGGGAGAAGGAGAACCGGCAGCCUUUGGAGUGCCAGUUCCAGAUGAGCUCAUGCCUGAGCUGAACCCAGCCGCGGAGCGGCCGGUAGAGCUGGGUGAUUCUUUCCUGGACGGUCCAAAUGGCCACUUGCGGGCUGAGCUGGCAAUUGGCGCCUUAACUGUGGACGGAGCCCCAGUUCCCCUACUAGUGGAGGCGGACGCGCUCGACGUGACACAAGAGCCCAUGGAAAUCGAAUACGACGACGAGGUCUUGCAACUAGGCGAGCUCACGGAUCCCUGGAUCCUUCCGGACUACGCCGAGCAGGCAGUGGCGCUUCUUUCGCACUCUUUCGCAGCAACGAGUGCGAGUAUAAGUACAGUAGUCUCUGUCCGUUAUGUCUCGAGUUGUUGGGAUUAA